CCAAAACCCCACACGCGACGACAGAACGGCGCGGCAGGCGGUUGUGGGGAGAGGCGAGAGGAUGCUGCGCUGCCUGUACACGCAGCGGCGGUGGGCGCACCGCCGCGGCGGCUUCGUGACCGGCGGCACCGGCUGGUCCAAGCCGCCGCCGCCGGGCCUCGGCCCCGCCGCGGGGGCGGGCGCGAAGAAGUCGGAGUGGUGGGCGGUGGACGGGGAGAUGCACGAGAUCGGGGACGGCGUGCCGCACCGCGAGCGCUUCGCCAUCCCGCGGGAUAACCUCCCCAACCGCCGCCGGAAGCAGAUGCGGGAGCAGUUCAUGCGCCGCACGCGCCUCGUCCUCAAGGACUCGGAACACGAAACAUGGUGCAAAAAGUACAUGGAACUAUACCAAGAACUUAGAGAAAACUGGGAAAGGUUGUAUUGGGAUGAAGGUUAUUCAAAAAAGAUUGCUGAAUCUCAUGCUAAUUAUGACUCUGCUGAAGAAGAUGAUCUUGACUUCUCGCCAUACAGUAGGAGAAGGCAGUCCAAUUUAGAAUCAAACAAGGACCUUCACUUUGGGGUGAACAAACAAGGUGAAACGUGGGAAAGGGUUACUCAAAUUCGUGACAAAUUUGAAUAUGACAGAGAAAGGAGAAUGAGAGAACGAGCAUUUGCUCCCAUGAACAUGGAGAGCAAUUUUGGUCGGCAUGAUCUGAGAUUUAGAAGCCAGGAUGAUUCAAAUUUUGCUCCGACAGAUGCGAGUGACGAUUUUGGCUCUCAUGGUCAGACUUUCGGACACCGUUCUGAUCGAAGUUUCCAAAACAGCUCAAGUUUCAGGAACCAUGGCGAUUCAAGGUUCCAAAAUGAAUCAAAUUUCAGAAACCAACGUGAAUCAGAUUUCCAACACAAAUCAAGUUUUGGAAAUCACCGGUAUCCAAAUUUCCAAAACCAACGUGACACCAGAGACCAUGCAUUUGAUGACUAGACGUAGCCAUAAUCUUGCUGUGAGAAAGUGGUUGUUGAUUUGCUGGCAACUUGAGCAUGCCGAUUUUCUUGAGAUGUAGUAAUUUAUGGCUUGUGUCACAGAAAUUAUUUUAUGUGGUAGUGCCUGGCAACGAAAUAGAAAGGAAAAGAAUUUCUGUUGUAAACUUGUUUGCUGCUUAGCCGAAAUAGUAGGCAUUUAUAAGAAAUAGCUGCUUGAAGAUGAUAUGCAUUAGCAGAUACUGCUCUGUUCUACUCUUCAGGCCAUUGCGGGAUCAGGACCAUCUGGAUCGGCAUGCUCUUUGCUGAACAGUAAAAGGUUGAAGCAGUAUGAGGUUAACUUCCAAUCCGGCCAGUCCCUCUGCAGCUUGCUCCCAACAUUGCGUUUUGUCGUAGUAAUUCUGUUUUCCGGUGCCAGAUUGCUCUGUGUUAAUUGUCCAAUUCAUGUAAAUGGAUAGACUUCUUCAAGCUCCCAGUUUAUGUUCUUCAAAUCGAAAUAUCUGAGCUGAACCUUUUCAACUCAAUAAAAUUAUCGUUGCUGACAAA